AUGCAUCCAACACAGGACCAAAGCACGCUCCCGAACAGCAGCUUUGAACAGGGCAAAUGCAUACGGCGUGAGGAGGAUUAUCCCCCCGACCAGCAAGAACUGAGUCAAAUCCUACGGGACAUGCGCCAGGCCCUUGACCCCAUGGGGAUCACCUCGCUGGGUGCAGAUGGUGUCUUCCGCUACCUAACAGCAGACCGAGACGUAAUCGACGCCGUUGGUCUUCGCCCAGGCCUGAUCAAAGCCCUUCUUGAUCGUAUGCCGUUCAGCCAAGACGCUGAGGACAAAUUUCGCGGAGUUGAUGGGACCCUUGUUCCACGGGAACAGUGGUUUAACCCCGACAAAGGUCUGUUGCCGCCGCCAUUGCCGGAGGAAAAGAGGGAACAGGUGAGAAAGAGAAUGGCGGAGGGUGGGGAGGAUUUUCUAAAGAGGUUCAACGAUCCGAAUCGGCCGAGAUGUCCUCUUGUUUUGCGAUCGAAUUAUAACCUCGACCCAAAAGAGGAGGCUGCGGCGGUCAGGUCCUAG